CGCGCUCCACCUCCCGGUAGCGGAAACACACACCUGAUCCGGCCGGGCUCGCCUCCGGAGCCCACGUAUGGGCUCAGCAUGCGCAGGAUUCGGGCCAACGCUAUCGCCAUUCUGACCGUGGCGUGGAUCCUGGGCACGUUUUAUUACCUGUGGCAGGACAGCAAGCCGCAUGCGUCCGCGGCGUCGUCGGCGUCCCAGCCCCGCGGCAGGAGCCACGGGCCGAAGGUGGCCCCCGGCCGGCUGGAGAUCCACCGGGACGACAGGACCAUCCCGCUGAUUGUGACACAGCCGCAGCAGGCGGAGCAGCAUAGCCAGCUGUUGGGCGGCUUCGAUGAGAAAGCGUAUCUGGCGGGGAAGCAGCUGAAACCAGGCGAUGACCCAUACAGAGAGCAUGCCUUCAAUCAACAGGAGAGCGACCGGCUGGGCAGUGAGCGAGCCAUCAGAGACACUCGACACUACAGGUGUGCCUCCUUGAGUUAUGACACAGAUCUUCCCUCCACUAGUAUCAUCAUCACUUUCCAUAACGAAGCUCGCUCCACCCUCCUGCGCACCAUCAAAAGUGUCUUGAUGAGGAGUCCAUCAUCUCUGAUUCAGGAAAUCAUCCUGAUUGAUGACUUCAGUUCAGACCCUGAGGACUGCCAGCUGCUCUCUCAAAUCCCCAAAGUGCUCUGCCUGAGGAACGGCCGGAGAGAGGGUCUGAUCCGCUCACGGGUACGGGGAGCCAGCACAGCCUCGGCCUCCAUCUUGACCUUCUUGGACAGUCACUGUGAGGUCAACACUGAUUGGCUGCAGCCGAUGAUUCAGCGAGUCAAGGAGGACCACACACGAGUAGUCAGCCCCAUCAUCGAUGUCAUCAGCCUGGAUAACUUUGCCUACUUGGCUGCCUCUGCUGAUUUAAGAGGAGGAUUUGAUUGGAGUCUCCACUUCAAAUGGGAACAAAUUCCACUGGAGCAGAAAAUGGCAAGAAGUGACCCCACCCAGCCAAUCAGGACACCUGUCAUUGCUGGUGGAAUCUUUGUUAUGGACAAGAGUUGGUUCACCCACCUGGGCCAGUACGACACCCACAUGGACAUCUGGGGAGGAGAAAACUUUGAACUGUCUUUUCGGGUGUGGAUGUGUGGAGGAAGCCUUGAGAUUCUGCCCUGCAGCCGUGUGGGUCACGUGUUCAGGAAACGUCACCCGUAUGACUUCCCAGAAGGGAAUGCGCUUACCUACAUUAAGAACACACGGCGAGCAGCUGAAGUGUGGAUGGAUGAGUAUAAACAGUACUAUUACUCUGCGAGGCCCUCAGCUCAGGGCAAAGCCUUUGGCAGCAUUGCAGAUCGUUUGACACUACGGCGGAAGCUGAACUGCAAACCUUUCCGCUGGUAUAUGGAGAACGUCUAUCCCGAGCUGAGGAUCCCUGAGCAGGAAGCAGUGUCCAGUAUUCUAAGACAAGGGAGUUUGUGUCUGGAGACCCAUGGGACAGACAGUGUGGGACUGGCUGAGUGCAGAGGAACCGGAGCAAACAGGCCACAGUCACAGAAAUGGGAACUCGUGGAGCCGCUGAUCCGACAGCAGGACCUCUGCCUGGCCAUUACAGCCUUCACAGCAGGGUCAAAGGUCAAGAUGGAACCAUGCAAUACAAAAGAGCCUAGACAGAAAUGGAAGCCCAAAGGUACCGCUCUGCAGCACAUGGUCAGCGGCUUCUGCCUGGACUGUCAGCCACCCACGGGCCCCGUGAUCAUCACGCAGUGUCGCCCCCAGGUGGCCAGUCAAUCCUGGGAGCCACAGCUGAUCAUCUGAGCCUCAUGGGACAGGGAGAGAGGGAGGGAUGGCAGGAGUAGAAGAGCAGUUUCUGGAUCUGGUCUGCAGAUAGAGUCAAGGACGAUGACACCUGCAUACUGUCUGCUGUGCUGCUGAGGGAUGAAAGGAUGAAAGGAGUGAGGCUGAGAACUGGUCCCUCGCUUGGCAAGAGCAUUGCUGAAAACAUUUUAAGGCCUUGCUGACCGAGACACCUGAGGUCUUUGCGUAUUGCAGCAUCCUUUAAGGAUGCUGCAAUUCUUCUAUGUAAUCUUCACGGAAAACUGUUGCACAUCUCGAUUCUUUCCAUUUCUGUAUUUAUCCCGGUUUAAAAAAUAAAAAAAAAUUAAAGUUUGAAUACCGAGGAUUGCUUUGAAAUUAUUGGGUGCAUAUUGUACUGUAGCAAAUGUGUUAAGCUGCAAAUGACCUCCUCUGAGUUUAAGUUGCCGCUUGUCUUUUUGUCAUUAGAAUGAGGCAUGUUUGAUGACUGAGUGGACCAGAGCAACUUUAUGUAUAGUCAACUAAGAUCUGAGCUUUUUUUUUAAUGCUGAACAGCACCAUGCAAAGCACCAUCAGGAACAUUAUUUAUUGUUUUUGCAUGGUCAGACCCAAAGAAUGUUUUUUCUCUCUCUCUUUCUCUCUGUCUCUACAAAGUUUUAUGUAAAUAUUUGAAGCAGGUAAUUGCGAUUUUGUGUAAAGUACUCUAUAUAUGUUGUUUGAAAAAUACAAUGUGCUAACGAAUGAA